UGAAAAGAAAUUUGAAAUGGGUGGACCUUGGGGCGGAGCUGCGCUGUCCACCUUCCUAAUCUGUUUGACGUACUAUCAGGCAGAAAAAUGUGUCACAGGUGAGUGGAGUCUUUUCCGGAUUCCAAAACUUAAUAUGGAUUUCCGACAAUGGCUCAACAUGACAACUUCAUUUUGGCUUUUGGUAUGGUUCAUGGUGCAGAUAUUUCUGUAUACUGCACCAGUUGGAAGAAAAGGCCAUGGACCACCACUAAAAGGAGGCAAUAAAUUGGAGUAUCGCUUGAAUGCUUUGUUUGUUUUGGACAUGAAUCUCCUUGGCCUCAUCGUUGCCUUCUUCAUUGGACUACCCAUAAACACCCUGAUCAAGAAUAUGCUGCAUAUGUUGACAUUUGGAAUCCUGGCAUGUCUUCUGCUGAGUUGUAUAUUAUACUUCCGGGCCGGGUAUGUGGAAGACUGGAAGCUGAAUCCAAAUGCGAAAACAGGUCACAUGUUUUACGAUUGGUUCAUGGGGAGAGAACUGAAUCCUCGUUUUGGACAAGUUGAUUUGAAGUACAUCAUGUUCCGCAGCGGCAUCAUUGGUUGGAUGCUGGUGAACUUUGCCAACUUGAUUCUGGCAUUUUCAGAGAGUAAAAUGUCUGUGCCAUCGAACCUGGUUCUAUUAACUUUAAUUCAGCUGUUUUAUGUACUGGAUUACUUCUGGUUCGAAGAAGGGAUUCUUGUCUCACGUGACAUAGUACAUGAAGGUCUUGGAUUCAAUAUAUCCAUGCAGUUUCUUAUGAUUCCAUUCACAUUUUGUACCCAGACAAGAUAUGUGGCUACAACUGGAUAUUCAUCGUCAUGGAUAAUGCUUCUUACAAUUUUUGUGAUUUAUGCAACUGGAUACUGGAUUUACAGAACCAGCAAUCUGGAGAAAAAUAAAUAUCGACAGAAUCCAGACGACCCUGCGUUAGCAUAUCUGAAGACAAUGCCAACACAAUCUGGGAAACGACUGCUUAUUUCUGGUUGGUGGGGAAUGUGUAGACAUCCAAAUUACCUGGGGGAUUUGUUAAUAUCUCUAAGUUACUCUUUAUGUACCGGUUUCAGACAUGUGGUGCCCUAUAUGUCUUUCUUCUUUCUACUACUGCUGCUGAUUGACAGGGAAAAACGAGAUAGUCAGGGAUGUAAGGAGAAAUAUGGAGCAGACUGGGAAAAGUACUGCCAGAUUGUUAGAUACAGAAUCAUUCCAUUUAUAUAUUAAAAUAAAGUCAAGUUAAUGAAAUUUUUAUAUACAUGUACAUUGUAAAACAUUAUUAAAAAAAUUCUGUAUUAAUGAU